AUGUUAUGUCGGGCAACGUGCAGCGCGGGCAGGAGGCUGGCCCCGGUGGCCGGUGCCACGGGCUCCCGGCACAAGCACAGCCUCCCUAACCUGCCUUAUGACUAUGGCGCGCUGGAGCCGCACAUUAAUGCGCAGAUCAUGCAGAUGCACCACAGCAAACACCACGCGGCCUACGUGAACAAUCUGAACGCCACCGAGGAGAAGUACCACGAGGCGCUGGCCAAGGGAGAUGUUACAACUCAGGUUGCCCUUCAGCCUGCACUGAAGUUCAAUGGUAGGGGACAUAUUAAUCACACCAUCUUCUGGACAAACCUGAGCCCUAAGGGUGGUGGAGAACCCAAAGGAGAGUUGCUGGAGGCUAUCAAGCAUGACUUUGGGUCUUUUGAGAAGUUUAAGGAGAAACUGACAGCCGUGUCUGUGGGAGUCCAAGGUUCAGGCUGGGGCUGGCUUGGAUUCAAUAAGGAGCAAGGUCGCUUACAGAUUGCUGCCUGCUCUAAUCAGGACCUUCUGCAAGGAACAACAGGCCUUAUUCCGCUGCUGGGGAUUGACGUGUGGGAGCACGCGUACUACCUCUAGUACAAAAACGUCAGGCCUGACUAUCUGAAGGCUAUUUGGAAUGUAAUCAACUGG